AUGAUGACGCCGACUGUGAAGGCGGAAGCGCGACUGCUGCUGCAUCAACUCACGCAGUUUCAAGACGCCAGCGAGGCUCUCACUCGUCUAUUCGAGGGGUUCGCACAGCAGGAAGCCAGACGUUGCGCUGUGCUACUGCAGCUUUUGCAUUGGCAGAAUACGCCCGCUUCCAGAAGUCUCGCAGACGUGCUGGAAGACUUGGAAUCUAGUGAUGACGAGCUCCAAUCGGUGCGUCGUGAUAUGGGGCUGACGGUGCUGGGUAAACCUGCACUGAUGUUUGCCACAUCCAUCUAUGACGAGGAGCUUGCAAUGUUGAUCUGGGCGGGGUUUAUCCAAUUCCACGCUCGAUAUCCGGACUUCGAUCUCACUCGACAGGUGUUCGAUAAUUCGGCGGACUCGCUUGGGUACUCAUCUCUGCACUAUGCGGUGGAGGCUCAAAUGGGGGACUUUGUACGUGCAGUAUGUAAUGAGCUGGAACAGGAUCAGACGGCACCGGUGGCCGGCCAAGUGGUGACACAAGAUGUGACUCUGCCCGUGAAUACAGCCCAGAAUAUGGGCAAGAACAUUGCAAGUGGGGGCUGCUCACUGCUUCAUCUCGCAGCCAAGAAGGGUGACCUGGAGAUGGUCAAAAUGUUCGUCUCCGCCCCGAUGUGUAUGGACCCGAAGACAUUGCGUGACUGGGAUGACAACUCGCCAGCUCGAGUGGCAGCUAUCCACGGCCAUGAAGCAGUGGCUACAUUCUUGGAGAGAGUCACGGGUGAAGUGUCAUUAAACGCAUCCGAAGUUGAUGAAAUGCGAUCCAGCCGCGAGAAGAUGGCUAGAGAGCGCUACCUGGCGCACAUGAAGCCUCAUGAGUCCAUGUUAGAGCCGUCAGUGUUUCCAGAUAUCUGGACCAUCGAGGAAACUACGCUCAUUUGUAGCGAAGUGAACCGAACAGCUGCUGAACGGGGCUGGUGCAAGGAACGACAUGCGUCUUAUCAAACGACAGACAUGCCAUGCCACCAAGUUGCAGCGUUGAAUUCCUGGGUACGCUCGACGUUGGAGGACAGACUGUUCCCUCAAAUUGCGAAGCGAUAUGAAUUGCCGACGACAAAGCGUUUACUAUUCCACGACCUCUUUUUCGUCAAGUAUGAGGCGCGGAAAGGUGAGCGCUCUGAGCUUGCACUACAUCGUGAUGGCUCUGUCUUGUCCUUCAAUAUUUUGUUAAACUCGGCCGAUGACUUUACCGGAGGCGGCACGUAUUUCGAUUCCACGAAACGCACGGUGCACAUUACUCAAGGUGAUGCUGCCGUACACAGCGGAAAAGUGCUCCACGGUGGUGCACCUGUGCUGACUGGUAUACGCCAAAUCCUUGUGGGUUUCCUCGACGUGGCUGAUUGUGUGUAUUGA